GGCAGCAACCGGCGGUAAGUAGCCACGGAGGACAAAGCCACCCACCAAGCAGUGGAGUCUCCUCUCCUCUCCUCUUCAGCUCUUCUUCCGCUGCAGUAGCCUCCAAAACAUCCAACGUCCAAUCCACUCCCAACAAGAUACUACCGGGACAACGUGAUCCCCUGAUCCCAACUCCUCUGCCCAGCGACAGCGACCCCGCAGCGCACAACUCUCCAUCCGGAGCUCGGGAAUGGAGCUGCAGGGGGAGGCCGCGGAGGCCGGGACGAAGAAGGCGGCGGUGGUCUUCAGGCUGUUCGGCGUCGAGGUCCACGGCGAGGCGGACGAGGAUGAGGACGGGAUGUCCGUGGAGCUCCGGAAGAGCUCCAGCAUGCCCAACCUCAACCUCGCCUCCUCCGCCGCCGACCCGCCGCCGCCGGCCGGCGAAGACGAGAAGGGCUACGCCUCCGACGACGACGGCGUGCCGGCGUCCACCCCGCAGCUCAAGCGCCGCCGCCGCAAGGCAAACGAGCGGAAGAAAGGGAUCCCGUGGACGGAGGAGGAGCACAGGAAGUUCCUGGACGGGCUGAAGCAGCUGGGCAAAGGGGACUGGAGGGGUAUCUCCAGGAGCUUCGUGCCCACCAGGACGGCCACGCAGGUGGCCAGCCACGCCCAGAAGCACUUCCUCCGCCAGACCAACCCCGGCAAGAAGAAGCGCCGCGCCAGCCUCUUCGACGUCGUCGCCGUCAACGGGCACGACGACGAGCUGCCGAGUCCUCAGAGUUAUACUGCUGCAACCAAGCCUGCUCCUGCCGAGGAGAUUCUCCACACCGACCGCGGCGACGUGCCUAUACCAAGUUAUCCCGGAGGGGUCGUCAGAGGCAAUAACAUGCAGGUUGAUCAACCGGCUGAUCACAUGAAUAAGAAGAAAUCGAAGGAGUCAAUGUCGCUGGCCGCCAUGGCCACCUCCAGGCUAGAGCUGGAGCUGGCGCUGGCAUCCUCCUCUGCCAGCAUCCUGGAGCUCAGCAUCGCGCCUCCUCGACGCGCCAUGGCCGAUGGCAUCAAGGCGCUGUGAUCACCAGCUGCCGGAAUCGGGCUGAAGGGGCCACAACCUCCAUCCAGCUUCAUCUGUUCUUCUUCUUGUGAUGCUAACUUUGUUUCCAUCGAUCGUACAGUAGCUUAUAUAUAUGGAGUAAAAUACAGAGAGAGUUGCUUUGGUACAAGCUGGUGGACAGAAAUCAGAUUACAACCUAUAAUAGUAGAUUUGCUUGUAAUGUAUCGUUCCGUGAUUAAAUUAAUCCAAGUGAUAAUUUGCGUGGAGAAA